AUGGCCGACAUGACCCAGGCUCCCAUCAACGGCAAUUACCCUGCGCAUCAUGCCUACCCAGAUUCCUUCAACCACACCCAUGUGGCCAUGAACACCGCGGCGAGCUUCCAGCCCGCUCAGUCCUCCACCCCUACCACCGCCACCCCUACCGACCAUCAGAAGAAUGAGAUCUCCAAGGACGAGGUGGGUUGGUUUUUCGUUGAGCAGUACUACACCACCAUGAGCCGUAACCCGGACAAGCUGCACCUAUUCUACUCGCGGCGCUCGCAGCUUGUCUUCGGUACCGAGGCCGAAUCCGUGCCCGUUACCGUCGGUACCAAGGCCAUCAACGACAAGAUCAAGCAGCUGGACUUCCAGGAGUGCAAGGUUCGCGUCCUGAAUGUUGACUCUCAGGCCUCUUUUGACAACAUCUUGGUCUCGGUCAUUGGCGAGAUCUCCAACAAGUCUGAGCCAUCCCGCAAAUUCGCGCAGACCUUCGUUCUGGCUGAGCAGCCUAAUGGAUACUAUGUGCUCAACGACAUCUUCCGGUACCUGGUUGAGGAAGAUGAGGAAAUCGUCCACGAGGAGCCCGCCGUUGCUGCGCCUGCCGCGGAACUCCCCAAGCCCGCCGCAGCGGUGCCUGCAGCCGAGACGCAGGUGACCAAUGAAGCAGCGGUCUCCAAGGUCGAUGAGAAGCUCGAAAAGGCAGAGGUCAACGGAGAGAUUGAACAGCCCAAGGCGGCAGCUCCGCAAACCAACGGCACCCCGGCCCAGGAGACCCCGGCUGCGGCCCCCGCUGUUGAGGAUGACCUUGUCAAGAACGAGAAGCCUCUGACCCCUGAGCCUUCUCCUGUUCCGGAGCAGAAAGAGGCCCCUGCUGCCGAGAAGGAGUCUGCUGCCUCCAAGAACCUCCCCAAGACCUGGGCCAACAUCGCGUCCAAGCCGGGUUCUACGGUGCCUGUGGUCCCUGCUAUCCCGGCCGCGACCCCCAAGGCAAACCCUCCCACUGCCCCGGCUUCUAAUGCUCCUCAGCCCGCUGCCGCCGCUGCUCCGGCCGCCCAGGAAGCCGUCCGCUCCCAGGAGGCUGCUUCCAACGACGGAUCGGGAUGGCAAACCGCCGGCCACGACCACAAGAAGACCCAAUCUCGUGCCGGUGAGGAGCAGCCAGUUCUUGGCUACAUCAAGAGCGUGACCGACAAGGUGGACGCCAAUCAGCUCAAGCAGACUCUGUCCCGCUUCGGCAAGCUCAAGUAUUUCGACGUCAGCCGCCCAAAGAACUGCGCUUUCGUGGAGUUCGCUGACCCCGCCGGGUAUGCUGCUGCCGUUGCCGCCAACCCUCACCAAAUUGGUAGCGAGCAAAUCUUUGUCGAGGAGCGCCGUCCCCGAGGCAAUGCCUAUGGCAGCAACGGCUACGGUGCUGGCCGUGGUUCCGGCCGUGGUCGUGGCGACCGUGCGGGUAGCCAGGGCCGUGGUGGCUUCCAGCGCGAUGGUCGGGGAGGCUUCACCCCUCGCGGUCGAGGCGGCAAUGUGGCUGCCAAGGGCCGUAGCCAGGCUCAGGCUGCCUAA